AUGAGUGACCCGGUUUCUAAAUACUUUUUGCGUCCAGCACGUCAUUGCUCCAGUUAUAAUGAAGUUCAAACAUUAGCUCUAGAGAAGAGGUUUGUUGGAAUUAUUAAAAGAAGUUCGAAAGCCAUAUUUUUCAGAUUCGACGAAUCUCGAUACAUCGAGAACCCUGAGAAACAGGAGUUGGCCGACAAACUCGGAAUCACCGCGUUCAUGGUUUUUUUGUCAUUUUCCUAUUAGAAUGAGUAACGAAUUAGCAUAUUAAUAAUUCAAGAAUAAGGAUUUCAUAACCAGAUUGAUGAAUGAAGUUAUGAAAAAACCUUUGAAUACGAAUAAAGCAUAAUUAUGGUAGCUUCAUUAUUUGAAGGUCGAACUUUGGUUUGCUCAUCGCCGCUUCUUUUUCGAGCAAUGGGAGAAGAAUUUCGAGAGCUCGGCAAAGAGACAACAAGAAUACAUCGAAAUGGAACGUCGUCAACUUCUCGAAGACGAAGCCAAACGUCAAGCGGAAGCUUUCAACCGUGAGCUGAAAGCGCCGGUUCGCCCCAAGAACGACGGAGGUUGCAAGAAGAAGCGUUUCGGAAAGAAAUGA